AUGGCAAACGACGAUGAAAAGGUUGACGUAGUCGCCUUGGAGCACCAAAACUCAGUUGGUGGCAAAGAUGUCAUCCUGGCGAGGCAAGCAGCCGAGGCCGAGCAUAAUCUCAGUCUCUUGCAAGCCAUCCGUAAAUAUCCCAAGGCAGUCUUGUGGUCGGUUCUCUUGUCGACCUCCAUCAUCAUGGAAGGCUACGAUAUUGUUCUCAUCUCCUCAUUCUUCGCACAGCCAUCCUUUCGAAAACGAUACGGCGACUUCGACGCUGGAUCCAACAGCUAUCAGAUCUCUGCGUCGUGGCAAAACGGCCUUAGCAACGCGGUGAGCGUUGGUACUAUUAUUGGUGCCUUUGCCAACGGAUACUUUACGCAUAAAUUUGGCUAUCGGAAAGUCCUCUUGGCGUCUCUCCUUCUCGUUGUCGGCUUUGUGUUUAUUCCCUUCUUUGCUCCUAAUCUUGGGGUUCUGUUGGUUGGUGAGCUGCUUUGCGGUAUUCCGUGGGGAGUUUUCGCAACCAUGGCCCCUGCGUAUGCCUCAGAAGUCUGCCCAAUGGCCCUCCGUGGAUACUUGACCGUCUACGUUAACCUCUGCUGGGCGUUUGGUCAACUUAUUUCGGCCGGAGUCCAGUCUGGGUUCGAGAAUAAUACGACGCAAUGGUCCUACAGAAUCCCCUUUGCGAUUCAAUGGGCCUGGCCCGUCCCUCUGUUUUUUAUUCUCUGGUUUGCCCCAGAAUCACCAUGGUUCUACGUCCGUCAAGGCCUGCUGAGUGAUGCGGAAAAGACCAUUAUUCGCCUCGGUGCAGAUAGAGAUAUGGCUAAGCAGACUUUGGCUAUGAUGAUCCAUACAAAUGAGCUGGAGGAGUCCAUCGACAAGGGAACAUCGUAUUUGGAUUGCUUCUGCGGCAUCGAUCGCUAUCGUACGGAGAUUGCCUGCAUGGCUUUUGCUGCUCAGCCGUUUUGCGGAUCAGCCAUGGGAGGAACUCCGACUUACUUCUUUGUCCAGGCUGGAUUGCCGACUUCGAUCUCGUUCAAGAUGUCGGUCAGCGGGCUGGGUCUCGCAUCUGUGGGAACAAUCAUCUCCUGGUUCUUGAUGCACCGUCUUGGAAGACGUACCAUGUACCUCUGGGGCUUGGGUACUCUGACCACGAUUUUGCUUGUUGUCGGAUUCAUCAGUGUUGGAGCUGCCAAUUCAGCCGGAGGUAAUUACGCCCAAGCUACUAUGAUCCUGUUGUGGCUAUUAGUUUAUUACAUGACUGUCGGCCCCAUCUGCUACGCGAUUAUAGGCGAAGUAUCGUCAACUCGGCUUCGAAACAAGAGCGUUUGCCUGAGCCGAAUUGUUUAUUAUAUCGCCCAAAUUAUCUGCAACGUCGUCAAUCCGUAUAUGCUUAACCCUACCGCAGGGGACUGGCGCGGAAAAACUGCCUUCUUCUGGGGAUUCUGGGCUUUCGUCUUUUUCGUUUGGACUUGGUUCAGGCUCCCCGAAACAAAAGACAAGACUUUUGAAGAGUUGGAUAUUCUCUUUGCUCGUGGCAUCAAGGCUAGAGAAUUUGCGAGUUACAAGGUAGAUGCCUAUGUUGAGGGAGAAGAAAGCCUGUCCAAGAAUGCAUAG